ACCACUCAUCUAAAGCUGAAAAAGGAUAUCCCAAGCUGAUGUGAGUAAUCACUGUAAUUCCAAUUUCUUAUAGUCUAUUACGUGUUUCACUUCUAUCCUCUGUACUUCAUCAUUUCUUUACGAAUCAUUUUCUCUCAGUGUUGGUUUGUGUGGCUAAUCUCUCAAGUUAGAAUCCUCCAAUCAUUUUUGGUCCCAAACACGGUAAAAAGUAUAGAUAAAACUGACCAUGGGGUCCGUUGAUAUUUUACUCAGGUAGACAUGUAAACUAUCUGCCUAGUUCCUGCUUGGGGGACCUCAUAGUUAAAAAAUCACAGACUUCUUUGCCAUAACUCGGGGAUCUCAUAAGUCAUGUGUUUGAAGACUUGCUCUUUGUUGUUUCAAGUCGUCUACCUUUUCUAACCUCUAGCUUGUCUUUUAACUAGCCCGUCUUUUAAUAAAAUUAUUGUGAAGUCCUUAUAAAAACACACUACGUGAUUUAUUACCAUAUGUCCUAGCCUUGGUGGAUAGAGUAACAUGGUACCUGUUGUUGGUGGGAAGGUGGCAGGUAUCCCGUGGAAUUAGUCGAGUGCGCGCAAGCUGGAUCGGACUCCACGGUUAUUAAAAAAAAAAGUCCUUAUCAAAAAAAUAAAAUCGGUGUGAACUGUUGAACUCCACACCCUCAUUGGAGUGUUAACUUGGUAGAAAUGGAUAAUCCAUCAGAUGAAUUCUCGGGAUAUAUCAUGCAGCUUCCAGACGAUUGUUUACACUUUAUUUUUCAACACCUUGACAGCGGAUCUAACCGUGAAUCAUUUGGCUUAACAUGUCGUCGUUGGCUCCAAAUUCAAAAUCUAAAUAGAAGAUCUUUACAGUUCCAAUGCUCUUUUACUAUGCUCAAUAUUUCCUCAUUAUCUCUAAAUAACGCCCAAAUCAGUACCUUCCAGUUAUAUAGGCUUCUGAACCGUUUCCCUAACCUAGAAUUAUUGUCCCUGGCGGGAUGCACCGAGCUUCCGGAUUCAGGUAUGGCUUUGUUAAUACUUCAUGGCUCGAAAUUGCAAAGUCUUCAUUUAGACUGUUGUUUUAGGAUAACCGAUGAUGGUCUUUCCUCCGCGGCAUCCGGCUGUUCGUCAUUGGUAAUACUAAGUCUUUACCGGUGUAGUGUUACAGAUUAUGGGUUAGAGGCCUUAUCUAAUUUUUGUUUAGCUUUAGAAGAUCUGAAUCUCUCGUAUUGCUCUCGAAUAUCCGAUUCUGGUAUAAGAGCUAUUUCACAAAACUGCCGUCAUCUUAGAGCUAUCAGGAUAUCCUACUGUAGAAAUCUGACUGGUGCUGGCUUUCAAGGAUGUUCUCAAACUCUGACUUAUUUGGAAGCCGAUUCCUGCAGGCUUGAACCCAAUGGAAUACGGAGUAUCCUAAGUGGAGGCGGACUUGAAUACUUGAGUGUGUCUAACUUGACCUGGUGCACUCGUGUGGAUAGUCUGGUAGCUAUUAGUGUCGGAUUUGCUGCAAAGUUAAGAGUGUUAAAUUUCCGAUUAAGCAGAACAAUCGGCGAUGAUUGUAUCAUGGCAAUAGCAAAGGGUUGCCCGUCGCUUCAAGAAUGGAACUUAGCAAUAUGUCACGAGGUCAAGAUAGCAGGGUGGGAAUCUAUUGCAUCGCAUUGUCAUAACUUGAAAACGCUACAUGUGAAUCGGUGUAGAAAUCUUUGUGACCGAGGAUUGCAAGCUUUGAGAAUUGGAUGUAAACGUCUCUCGAUUCUUUACAUUACCAGAUGUUCUCAGAUCAGUCUUGUAGCAUUGGAGAUUUUUAAAUUUGCAAGAGGAAAUGUAGAGGUUAAAGAAGAAGAAAUAAUGUGUAUUUGCCCUCAUAGGGCCUUUAGGUUUUGAUGUGUAUAAUUUCUUAUGUUCUUUUAUGCCAUAAGAAAAAAGUGAUUUUAUUAAUGCAGGUAUACAAUGAAGCAGUUACAAUCAAUAUUGUUGCAAAUUGCAGAACAGUUGUUCAUUCCCCAUACUCAGGGGCUAUAGGUUCAUACUUUUUGCUCUCCAUGUGGACUGUAUGCUACAUUGAAGAACAAUUGUUUGAUGCAUAAUAAUGAAAGGAUUUCUAUA